CACUACAUAGGGAAUAGGGUGCUAUUUAGCCGAAGUAGUAUUGCCCAAUGACUUGGCUCUAACAGUUGUCCUCCAUACUGCCAACUACAUGUUGUUCUUCCUGGCCUCUCUCUGAACCACACACUCCAUUUACCGGAAAUAUGAGCAAUUAUUCCCUUUAGUUACCCUCUCUGGUAACAUUGACAGCAGCUGUUUGGGCCGGGGCUCUGAAACAGAAUAAGUGGUUAGAGAUCAGAAGUGUCGUGGUCACCAUGGUGCGUAAUGUGGACGAUCUGGACUUUUGCCUUGCCUCCCACCCCCAGAGCAUCCUGGAGGGGCUACGCUCCCUCUGCUGCAACCCCAAACUAGUGGACGUGACUCUGGCAGCGGGCGGCCGCGACUUCCCCUGUCACCGGGCCGUCCUGGCGCUCUGCAGCGUCUACUUCCACUCCAUGUUCUCCGGGGACUUUGUGGAGAGCAUCGCGGCCCGGGUGGAGCUGCACGGUGUGGAUCCUGACAUAAUGGCUUCCCUUCUAGACUUCUGCUACACAGGGAAACUCACCAUCAACCAGGGAAACGUGGAGGGCCUGAUACGCACGUCCAGUCAGCUACAGUUCCAGGCGGUCCGGACUGUGUGCAGCCGUUAUCUCCAGCACCAGAUCGAUGCCACCAACUGCCUGGGGAUCCUGGAGUUCGGGGAGGUACACGGCUGUCCCGAGGUGGUAGCAAAGGCCUGGGGAUUCCUUCUGGAGAACUUUGAGGCCGUACAGCGCUGGGAGGAGUUUCCUCUGCUGGAGAAGGAGAGGUUAGUUGCGUGUCUGUCCAACGAGAGGCUACAGACCAGGACAGAGUGUACCCGUGUGGAGGCAGCCCUGGCCUGGGUGAGACACCACCAAGAGUCCCGACUCCCCCACCUCCCAGAGCUUCUGGGGCUGACCCGCCUGGCCCUCCUGUCCCCUGACUACCUCACUAACACCCUAAUGAAGGACAGCCUGGUUCUAGCCUCUCUCAGCUGUGUGGAGGUGGUGGAGAGGGUAUGCAGAGAGAAAAUGGACGUGAAGCCAGGAGAUGUGGUCCAGAGUGGCAGCCCGAGUCCCCAACCCAACCUGGAGGAGGUGUUAUUCGUGAUGGGAGGACGCUCGCUGGACGACUCAGAUGACGAAGAUGAUGAUGAUGAAGACAGAGACCCCAGGCUGCUGCCCGGAAACUGUGGCUUCUACAACCCUAAGACACAACAGUGGUAUGAGCUGCCAGUCUUCCCCAACCACAACAAGUACGGAUACUCUGUGGUCUCUUUGAAUAAUGACGUUUAUGUCACAGGGGGCUCGAGGGGUUCCCAAUCCAACACCUGGUCGACCACAGAGACCUGGAAGUACAUCACCAGAGAAGGACGGUGGGUGACGGUGGCUCCCAUGCUCCGGCCCCGGACUAACCACACCUCAGCAGCCCUCAGCGGAGAGAUAUACGUCAUCGGAGGCACUACAAUGGACUUUGUAGACAUUGAGCACUAUGACCCAUACAAUGACACCUGGGCCCGAACAUGCCCUGCAGUGAAAUACGUCACAAACUUCACAGCGACUGCCUGCCAUGGUAAACUAUACGUGAUAGGCUCCUGUGCUGUUAAGUACAACGCCUUGACUCUGCAGUGCUACAAUCCUGUUAUAGAUGGGUGGAGUAUCAUCUGCUCUCCCUUCAUCCCCAAGUACCUGUCCUCUCCUCGCUGUGUCUCAGUGGAGGGGCUCAUCUACCUGAUCGCUGACAACACUAAGAAGGUUUACUGCUACGACCCACUGGCUAACAUGUGGCAGAAGGUCCAGCUGCUGCACAUGCUCCAUGAGAACGGAGAUCUGGUGGCGUUGGACAGUCAGCUCUUUGCAACGGGGGGUCACUGGAAGGGCAUGGAGGGGGACUACGGGGUGGAGGUGGAGGUGUACAACAGAGCUUCUAACAGCUGGAAGGUGGAGUGUUUCCUACCAAGGCUCUGGAUCUACAGCGGGACAUGUUCUGUCUUCCUGGACCCCUCCCAGUGGUCCGACCCAUUCCCCCUCGAUGAAACCUAAAUGGAACGGUCGGGUCCAUGGCAUGCAGCACUUGAAGUGGAAAGAUAGAGGUGCUGGUACUCAUUUUAGGUACUGGUUUUAACUUAAAAGUACUGGUGUAGUCGACCAGAUUGUAGGGGUGAAUAUUCUAGAUGUGCAGUCAGCACUUAAAGGCCCAGUGCAGUCAAAAACAUGAUGUUCCUGUGUUUUAUAUAUAUAUAUAUAUGUCCACACUAUAAGGUUGGAAUAAUACUGUGAAAUUGUGAAAAUGACGACAAUGCCCUUUUAGUGUAAUUGCUCUUUGAAAAGACUCCCUGACAUUUCAGCCUGUUUUGAUUGGAUGCAGUUUUGGCCUGCCUUGUGACAUCAACAGACCGUAAAUUAGUUAAUUGGCCAAUAAGAAAAAAAGUUACAAACCUCUCUGCCAAUUACAGCUAGUUUUCAGAUUUCCACUCCCCACUCAGAACACUCCCAGAGACUCCUAGCAAAACUAUUUUAUUGAGAAAUUGCUCUUUGCUAUUUAAAAUAAACCAGAGUACUUAAUUGUUACCCAGAAAUGAUUUAAUAUGGAGACCUUUAAUUAAGCAGUAGAUGCAGAUCUAAUUCAAGUACUGAGCCCACGGCACUGAGCCCACGGCACCGAGCCCACGGCACCGAGCCCACGGCACCGAGCCCACGGCACCAAGCCCACGGCAUUGAGCCCACGGCCACAACAGACUGAUCUCAGGGUUAUAGUGCACAGACUAUUGUCAGACUUUUAUUGCCGUAGACUACUGUAUGCAUGUGGAAUGUUGUUCAUCUCUAGAUUAUGGAGGGUUGUCUUUAUACACUCCAAUAGCACGUUACUUGGUCCUCUAUGCUGCCUUGCCCAAUUCUUCUUCCCUUGUUAUUUUGUAACGUUAUACUCCUGUGACGAUGUGUUUAUUUAUAUUGUUACUUCCUGACUUCCCGAAACAUCUGUUGGCGUCUGUAUUAUUGAGAUUGUUUGUUUGUUUGUGUGUUGACUUAUUCAAACUUUGUAGAAAAUGUGAUGUUUAAUCAAAACAUCUUUGUAAAUACGUUUUUUUUUAAUGGUGGAAAACAUGGAAUAUUUCAUUAUUUACAGCAUAUGCUUUAGUGCUAUUUUGCAAUAGUGCCUUUCAACCUGUGUUUGUUUAUAAAGAACUCACUGGGCACAGUGUCAAUUCAACUCACUGGGCACAGUGUCAGUUCAACUCACUGGGCACAGUGUCAAUUCAACCCACUGGGCACAGUGUCAAUUCAACCCACUGGGCACAGUGUCAAUUCAACCCACUGGGCACAGUGUCAGUUCAACCCACUGGGCACAGUGUCAAUUCAACCCACUGGGCACAGUGUCAAUUCAACCCACUGGGCACAGUGUCAGUUCAACCCACUGGGCACAGUGUCAAUUCAACCCACUGGGCACAGUGUCAGUUCAACGUCCACCUGAUUUGGAUUUAGGUUAAAAGUUGGGUGAAAAAAAUCCGAAAUGCCCUUACGUUGAUAACUUUUUGCAAAUCCAAUUGGUUUUCCAUGUUGAUUCAACAUAAUCACAUAGAUUUUUGGGGGGGGUUGAAAUGAUUUGGAGACAAUGUUAACUCAGUAGCGGAGUGUUUACGCAGGUAUAUCCAGGCUGUAUCACCUCCCGCCAUGUUUGGGAGUCCUAUAGGACGGCGCACAAUUGGCCCAGCGGGUUCUGCCCGGGUGGGUCGUCAUUGUAAAUAAGAAUUUGUUCUUAAUUAACUGACUUGACUAGUUAAAUA